AUGCUCGCUCUCGCCAUUACGACGCGCUCGCACCACGCCGCUCACGUGCCCGCGGGGCGUGGAGAAGCAAUCGUCACGCGCAACCUCACCGGCAUAUUUGCCACCGACGUGCUGGCGCCCGCACCGCGCGGGCUCAAGAAGCCCGCCGAUCUCCGCGAGGACCUCCUCGUCUGGGAAACCUCCAUCCUUCUGGGCCCGAUUUAUUCCUGCGACUAUCACUUUCCCUCGGUCGGCCAGCACGGAGAGCCGGCGGCGGAAAAAACCGCCGGCAGCGAGCCGCCGGCCGACUCACCGCGCAUCGAGAACCAGGCAACGCGUAGGGCGACCAACACUGAGCCCGACCGCCGCGCCUCCGUGACGUUCCUCUUUUCUUGCGCGUUCAUGCUGGCUGCGCUGAGCCUCGCGGCGUGCCGCGGGCCGCUGCGUGGGCGGAAGGAGAAGAAGAGCAUGCAUGGCCGCACCCGCGCAGCUGGCGCUGCCGAGCAGCUCCGCUCCCUGAUCGAGGAGGCUACUGCCGACUUAUCCGUCUACCUGGCGCCGGGUGACGUCGAGAUCAUCGGCUCGACCGUUACGGACUGCUCCGCUGCCUAUUACGGCGGCGUCGUCUACGCGUGGAACAGCGGUGCGGUCUCGAUAAUUGACUCGACCGUGACGAGCUGCUCGGCUGGCCAGUACGGCGGCGUCGUCUACGCGUAUAUCAACAGCGGUGCGGUCUCGAUAACCAACUCGACCGUGUCGAGCUGCUGGGCUGGCGGGCUCGGCGGCGUCGUCUCUUCGCUUGAUAGCGGUGCGGUCUCGAUAACCGACUCCACCGUGAGGAAUUGCUCGGCUGUCGUGUACGGCGGCGUCGUCUACGCGGAGGACAGCGGUGCGGUCUCGAUAAUUGCAAUAAUCAACUCCGCCGUGACGGGUUGCUCGGCUGGCCAGUGGGGCGGCGUCGUCUACGCGCAAGGGAACAAGUUCCUCUCUAUUGCGGGUGUCACUUUCAUUGACAAUUCGGCGUCCAUCGCAUCGGUGCUGUUCCUGUCAGACAUCGACCACCGCUCCUCGAUCAGCAACGCCUCCUUUACCAGCAAGAUCGCCGACAACGGUAUUACGAUACAGACUUUGAACUCGGAGAUCGACUGGGUCGGCCUCACGCCAAAGCUCAAGAUCCUCCUCAGCUUCUACCAGGUCUGCAUUGUGCUCCCCACCACCUACUCGGCGCGGCUGCCGGAGAAGUACACGGACUGGACCAACGCACUCUCCGACGUCAUCUCCGUCGACUGGUCCGACUUAAUCCUUCCGGCCCAGUGCAUGCCGUACGCCAGUCGGCUCGUCGUCUUCGCUACCUCUCCCAUCGGCCUCAUCGUGCUGCUGCUGCUGGCGGGCGUCGGAUUGCGGCUCUGGCGCAGGCGUGCUGCGAGAGGCGGCGCGGACAUCGGUGAGGGCGAAGCAUCGGCGUCGGCUAUGCGUAUAGACGAAUCGCGGGUCUCUGCAUCGGCGAGAUCUUGGCUUGCGGAGGCAGUCCUCGGCCUUCUUGAUCUCACGCCCGCCUGUUUGGUGCUCAUCUUCUUCUUCGUGCCUUCUGUCAGCGUCUCCAUCUUCCGCUCCUGGUCGUGCCAUGCCUACACCAUCUCUCCGCCGAACGAGCGCCUGGAGCAGGUCUCCUACAUGCGGCAGGACGCGAGCGUCGAGUGCGGCACAGACGAUCACGGGCCCAUCAAGAAUCUCGCCAUCGGCUUCGUCGUCGUCUGGCCGGUCGGCUCGCUAGUCCUCUACUCGGCCCUCCUUCUCGCCUGCCACAAGCCGUUGCAGGCCAAGACGCCGAAUGCUCUGACACGGGCGACCGCCUUCCUCCACCAGGAGUACGAGCUGACCUACUUCUGGUGGGAGGCGCUCGAGCUGGCCCGCAAGCUCGUGCUGACCGGCUUCGUGCUGCUGAUACCGGAGGAGGAAGGGUUUCGCCGCCUCAUGGUGGCGACGGUCAUCUGCUGCUUCUACGCCGUCGUGCUCGCCGUCGUGCGGCCGUACAAGAGGGUGGAGGACGACUGCCUUGCUGUCGCCACGAGCCUUGUGCUCCUCCUCUUCUUCCUCGUCGCCAAUUGGACCACUAUUUUCCUUGCCAUCAAGGAGCGCUCCGGGAUCGAUGACGCCGAUGCAGUCCUCGGGAUCGACAAGCUGGAUGGGGUCGUAAAUGGGAUGAUCGUCCUCGUGGCCUUUGCGCUCUUGAUCUUCCUCGUCGGUGCCAUCGUCGCCGCCCGCCGCGUCGCCAUGGUCCCCACGAUUCGGCUCGUGUCGGACAGGCAGCAACCUGAGCUGACGCUGGCGCGAGGCCACACAUGGCACCUCUUCAACAGCCACAUAUGGUCAACUGGGCAAGACGCCGCCGCUGUCAUCAAGAAGCAGCUGCAGCUGCUGAUUCCGGACAUCAAGAUCUUCCUCGACGUGGACGAUCUCAAGAGCAUCGGGGCGCUCGAGGAGUACAUCAGCCGCUCUCAGGUGGUCCUCUUCUUCCUCUCGCUUGGCUACUUCGGGAGCAAGAACUGCGAGCGGGAGGUGCGCGCGUCGCUCGACCGGCAGAAGCCGCUCGUCCUCGUGCAAGAGGCGGACCCGAAGAAGGGAGGGACGCUCGAGGCGCCGCCGAGUAGCCGCCAAGCCCCCGCCCACCCCGCUUCUGACCUGCGAGCGGCCAUCUUCGACAAAGGCUGGCCGAUGACGACGUGGCACCGCAUCGAGGCAUUUCAGCGCGCGCUGCUUCUCUGCUCGCCUAACUACGAGGCACUGAGCAAGGAGCAGAUGCGGCUCUACGUGCCUGGCGAGGUGCAGCGCGAGGCGCUCGCCUUCCCCAAGCCGGUGGUGCUCUGGGCUUCGCCGGCCAACGCGGGCGCGGCGGAGCUGGCCGACGAGCUCACGGCCAAGUUCGGCAGAAGCAGCCUCACCGUCUCGACGGCGGAGGAGCCCUGCUCGUCCGACUCCCGGGCUUCUCGCCGCCGCUCCAGCGUCCUUCGCCGCUCGGCGCCGCGCCGUGCCGGCGACGCGACGCACAUGCUGCUCUACCUCAACGAGCACACCUUCGUCAGCGACGAGCGGCUGGCCGAGCAGGUCAAGCAGGCCCGCGCAGACAGGCUGCCGAUCGUGCUGGUGCACGAGAAUGACCCGGCGCUCGGCGGCUGUCCGUUUGACUACUUUUUUCAGACCACGCCGCAGGAGCUCAUCGCCGGCCUCGACGGGCACGCCGGCCUGUACAAGGCGCUCGCCAUGUCCUUCUUCCCAGGAGCACAUCGCGAGGCGCGUCCCCCCUUGGCGCAGUCCCCGCCUCCCACAAUCUCCAGGUAA